UCAUGAAAACAUCGGUCUCCUCGUUUAGCCAAGCUGUAUUUAUUAACAUCCUUGCUAAUAUACGGCCCGAAACUUAAAGAAACAAAUAUAUUAUUGCACAGAAAAAGUGUGUAACUACUGUAGUGUACCAGGCAACUUUACACCAGUGAAAUUGGUACGGCAAUUUAUAGCGCAAUAAAACCUCUACACAACCAUCCUACAAAAUCAACACCGACAAACACGGCAAAAUGAGUAAAAAUCCUACAAAAGCAGAGCUGAAGGCUGAAAUUAUCAAAAUACUGAAGGAUGCCAAUCUGGAAGAAACUGCGGCCAAAAAAGUGCGCCUACAGCUGGAACAAAACUUGAAAUGCGAUCUGUCGAAUCGUAAGAAGGAGGUGGACGAUCUAGUAAUGGACUACGUAAAUUCACAAGCUUCCGAUUCCGAUGAGGACGACGAUGACGAGGAGGACGAGGACUAUGCAGGUAACGGCAAGGGUAAAAAUAAUCGUAAAGCAGAGGAAAACAGCGACUAUGAGGAGGAGGAAGAUGAAGAGGAUUUAUCCGAGGAGGAGAAACCGAAGGCACGCAAAAGCGGUGGAAAGCGCGGUACACCGGCGAAACGUGGCCCAGCUAAGAAGAAGAAACGCACAUCCAACAGCGAUGACGAUUCCGAUGAAGAUGAUGAGGAGGAGGGUAGCGACGAUGACUACAAACCUCAAGCUGGCGCUAAAGGGGGCAAGGGUGGAAGGAAGAAAAGGAACAAUUCCGAUUCAGAUUCGGGCGCAAGCUGGAAACGGUCAAAACCAGCGGCCAAACCGAAGCAGGCUGGUGGGGCCAAGAAAUCGAGCGGAUACACACGACCGUACACACUGUCAGCGGAUCUGGCGGCAAUAUGCGGUGCAGAAUCGUUGCCUCGACAUGAGGUAGUGAAGAAAAUUUGGGCCAUCAUUAAGGAGCGUAAUCUGUACGAUCCAAAAAACAGACAGUAUGCCAUCUGCGAUGCGGAUCUGCAGAAGGUGAUCGGCGUCAAGCGAUUCCGUACGUUUGGCAUGCUUAAAUACCUUAAGCCCCAUUUUAAGGAUUAGGUCACACUGGUAGGCUUAAGCCGAAAUGCCUAGUUUUAGUAUGGUUUCUGCUCCGCGCGCUGAAGGGAUGUACUUUUCCAUAACCAACAUUUUAUGCUAGACGAUUCCUCGCAAAUCGCUAAUAUUUCCUACGUCGACACAAUCGUCGGUUGCAAUAAUGAAAGAGUAUAAGGUAAAACAUUUUCGAUACAGCGUAGUUUGUUCGAUAAGGUGCCGAAUCCACGGUGUCACUAGAAACACGUUCUUCUCUAGUUUAAAUUUCAACUAGUCCAUGUCGUUCCGUAUACAAGGUACUUUCGUUUAUGCAGAGAUGAAUAGGUAGGACGAGAUUCAAGUAAUUUGUAACCAACCAUUAAGUACGGUAGGCCAAUUUUAAAGAAAUCAUUUAAUACCAUGGCAAAAAAAAUAUAUAAUCGACAUCCGCAAAACACAGAGCAAAAUAAGAGAAGAAAAUAUCCUGCCCGACAUAUGCUCAACAAUAUGACUACGCAAAAGGAAUCAACAGGCUCUGACACCAGAAACGAUUGCACAGCCAUUCAUGAACCAGGUUAAUCGAGAUCUAUAUUAGUAAAACAUAUUCCUCCGAAUUUAAAUUCUUCACUAAAAUCAGAUAUCGCUAGUUAGCGUGCGAAUAAUAAGUAGUAUUAUAAUACAUUCUUUGCCUGUAAAAAACGGUACGUGUUCUAUAUGAUUAUCCACAACAAUACUCUGCUGUAGAAGUAGAAGCUAUCUUUGACCGACGUGUAACUACCACCAGACGAUAGGAAAACGAUUAGGUAGUGCACGAAUGUGUGUAUUCGUCCAGCCAAUAGUGUAAGGGGGAUAAUAUUUAAAAUUAAUCGAGUCAUUUUCAAACAUUACCAGAACAGAUUCAUAGUAAUGCGCAACCUCUUUGGAUUAAGAGCCGGGAUCUCGGCAAAACUGCACCGUUUUACCCCACUUUUCUUUGUUUGUACUACAUUUAAUACAUUUUUCAUUCAAAAAUGUGUCAGAAAAACGAUAUCGAAUUGGUAUCAUGCACACAAACAUGGUACCAAGGCGAAUUAGCAGUCGUGCGGGGUACACAAUAUGUACAAUAAAUCAAUGUGAAAUGACUAAAUAAAAAUCAUUUGGAAAAUUGUGUCUACUUGAACUG